AUGCUCACGCUAAGUUGUGUCGCCGCCUCCGCUCUCGCCCCAUCGACGCGGUGCAUCUUCAAAUCGGAGGCGCACAGUGCCACCUUCGACCUCUCCCCGCUCGCGACGGAGCACGAAAUCAAGUUCGACUCGGGACUUGGCAAUCUCUUGGCCGACUUUCCCGGCUUUGUCAGCGGCCCGCAGCAGUCGCUCGUGCUCUCCGUGUGCGGCCCCGACGCGCCUGGCGGCCGCGAGUUCUCCACCUGCCAUGGCGAGCACGCCCCCGGCAUUCUCGUCGAGCGCACUCCGCCGCGCUCUCCCGGCCCGUUUGGCGAUCCGAUUCUGGCAGCCUUCCUGGGCGGCGGCGCCGGCGCGAGACCCGCCGAGCCGGCGCGCACGGCCUGCGCGGUACUGGGUCGGCCGCCCGCCAAGCCCGAGGUGGUGCUGCUCGACGCCGACCGGCCAGAGAGAGGGCUUCAGCUCAUCUUUGGCAAGGGGGAUGAGUGCAGGCCCGGCCAGCGUUACUCGCUGCUGCUCAUGCUGGAGUGCAACCUUGCGGAGCACGGUCUCGGCUCGCAGAUCCCGGCACGCGUGCAGACGAGGCACCACUGCGAGUGGGUGGUGUCCAUCUCCACCGCCGCCGCCUGCCCUGUCAACGUCGGCGCGCUCUGCGCGCCAAACUGCCCCCGCAACUGGCUCGGCGACGGCGAUUGCCUGCUUGCCCUGCUCCUUGAUCCACUGCCGCUCGUCGGCGAGUGUGAUCCCGGCUGCGACUCCGAGGCUUGCGGCCACGACGGCGGCGAUUGCGACGCGCGCUCGCGCACCAACGCCGCCGCCGCCCAGUGCGCGCCCGGCUGCGUUGAGUCGUGGCGCGGCGACAAGGAGUGCGACGAGGAGUGCAACACGGCACGCUGUGGCUUCGACGGCGACGACUGCACCGGCGAUUGCGCGCCCGCUUGCGCCGCGGCGUGGCUCGGCGACGGCGCUUGCGACGACGAGUGCAACACGGGGACUUGCCGCUGGGACGGUGGCGACUGCCUCAGAGACGGCCAGCCAGUGGCGCGCGAGCGCUGCGCGUGGGGCUGUCCCGGCUCGUGGCUCGCCGAUGGGCAGUGCGACAUAGG